GACCAAGGCCAUCCCUGUUGGGGAUCCCAUGUGUGAAGAAACACGCAUGGGUGCCCUCAUCAGUAAACCUCACAUGGAAAAAGUGCUGGGCUUCAUCAAGCAAGCAAGAGAACAGGGUGCAAAGGUUUUAUGUGGAGGAGAACAAUUUCUUCCCAAUGAUCCCAAACUGAAAGAUGGGUACUUUUUGUCCCCAUGUGUGCUGGAUAAUUGCAGGGAUGAUAUGACCUGUGUGAAGGAGGAGAUCUUUGGCCCUGUGAUGUCUGUUCUGCCUUUUGACACCGAGGAGGAAGUUCUUCAAAGAGCCAACAACACAACCUUUGGCUUGGCAUCUGGAGUCUUCACC